GAAAUAGCCUGUCUUAAAUACUGGACGCGUGAAGCGACUGCCUCCCAUAGCUGCUACUUUAUUGCAAGACCAGACCUCAAGUUAACGUUUUUCUACCGCUGAGAGCGCCCAAAAGUAAAUUAAAGGUAGCUGUCUAAUUGUGCUCUCCCGAUGAUUUUCAACAGCUGGAACCUGUUCUGGAGUGUGUGUUUUGCAGUGACAGCUGUCAUAAUCAUCAUUAGUAACUCCCUGUCAAUUGCAGUUCUUCGCAAGCAAAAGCUUCGCAAACGUUGUCAUUACCUGUUAAUCGAUUUGGCAAUAGCUGAUCUUCUGGUUGGAAUAUUCGCAAUUCCUAUUUUCAUGAUAACUGUCAUCCCUGAGGACAGACUAGUGUCAACACUAGUACUUGAUUGUGUUGAUAUGUUUACAGGCUUUUGUUCCAUUUUCACUCUGGCUGUGAUCUCUCUUGAAAGACUUAACGCUAUUGCUCGACCACUUCAGCACCGAACACUUUCCUCGCGCGACUACACCGUUGCCAUAGUAACACCAUGGAUCCUGUCGCUUAUUCCGACUACAGGCAGAGUGUUACUUGGUUCAUUCGUCAUAACAAUUCGCUCUUUCGUAAUUGUUAUCAUUAUCAGCUUAUCAACUCCUUUGUUGAUAACUUGCACCGCUUACUGCGUCAUAUGGAGGAAGCAAGCUUGUCGAGUACAAGAUGGAGUCGGAACGAUGGGGAGAGAGGCUAGGCUGUCGAAGACAUUGUUCUUGAUAACGGGAACAUUUGUUUUGACGUGGCUGCCAUUUGAAGUAUUGGUCAGUGUGUUCCAUUUGUGUUCGCCAUGUACGAAGGAAAUCCCUUAUGUGGUCUUGGUGGUAAUUAAGCUGCUUCAUUUCAGUAAUUCUUUUAUCAACUUUAUCAUUUACUGUCUCAGAAUACCAGAUUACAGAGAAGCCGUCUCAGAAACAUUUUUCAGAUGCAAAUGUCGUCAUGUCAUGCCAUGUCAAGUCAACAUCAUAAUGUCAAAAUUUCGGAUAUUUGAAAUCGUGUUAUUUCAGAUCGAUAUUUAA